AUGAGUCCGCAACCACCCAAGCCUGCAAUGCAUGAUAUAGUGAUUGGCAAUUGGAAUGCUGGUGAUAGAAACCGUGCGUUAGGUUACAGUGGCGCAUUGUUUGGUCCAACUAGUUUAAUUAUUAACAAUGAAUGUAAUGGAGAAGAUAAUGCAACUCCAGGUGGACCCGGCGAAAAUCGAAGAAUUAAGGCUUUUAAAUGGUUUUGUAAAUACUUUAAUGUUCAACCCGGUGCUAACACAACUUUAAGUUGCAAAUGUAAGAAAAACAGUGACAUAAAUAUAUAUAUAUAAUAAUAAUUAAAUAAUAUAGCUUUUAUGUAGGGGUGAGAAAAGGGCCGGGCCCACUUUUUAGGCCCGGCCCAGGCCCGGGGCCCAACGUUUAGGCCCGGCCCGUUUUCAAUUUUCUCUUAGGCCGGCCCGGUGUGAAAAUUUCUAGGCCCAGCCCGGCCCGUUUUAAAAAAUUAAAAAAUUUUAAAACUUAAAAAAUAAACGGAAAUUUGGGUUUGCAUUGUUCUUUUAGAUCAUUUAUGUAUCAUGGUACCCAAUAAAAUCAAAAAACAUCAACGGGGAUUAAAAUAUUAAAAUAAAAAAUUUUUUAAAAUUUAAAGAUUUUUUUUCGGGCCCGGGCCCAAUUUUAGCUCAAGGCCGGCCCGUUUUUCACCCCUACUUUUAUGUGCUGUGUGAUGAAAAAUUCAACCUACGGAAUAUUUUAGACAUGCCGCAAAAGUUUUCGGAGAUGAAGCACAACGUAAGUUAUCAACCAGACUGGUCUAGUACCUGGAAAGACAAUGGUCCCUGCGUAUGUGCUCCUGCAAGUUACGGUGGGCUCAUACCGUAUUACGAUCCCCAGUUUUACACAAAACAGUUUUCCGACUUAAAUGAAGAAUUAAAAGGAAUUUGUCAAAAAGCACUCUACGAACACCCUGAAGCGUUUUCCAUAACGAACAGUACAGCACCGUGUUUAAACAUUGAUCCAUAA